UGGUAUUUCCCUUCAAAAUUUCCUCUCAACUUUCUCGCUGUCCGUGGGAACCAAACUGGUCUCUGUCUCUCUCUCUCUCUUUCCCUGUCGUAGACACAGAAAAAGACAAGCGCACAUAACACUCUAGUCUCAUUCAUUUCUCUCCUUCACUUCCAAGCUUCUUCCCCUAACAUGAUCAGAGUUCAAAUCCUCACACUCUCACGCCAUUUUCGGUUAUGAAUCCCCCCGCCAAUCCCACAGCACCACCACCUCCUCCUCCAGCAGCCGCAGCACCACCGCCAUUGUUGCCCCCACAACCUCCAUUGCAGCCUCACCGACCUUCCACCUCCUGUGACCGUCAUCCAGAAGAGCAUUUCACUGGAUUCUGUCCCAUAUGCCUUUGCGAACGCCUAGCCGUACUCGAUCCCAACUCCUCUACUGCUUCUUCUUCCUCUGCCCGCAAGCCCCCCAUUUCCUCUACCGCUGCCGCCGCACUUAAAGCCAUUUUCAAGCCCUCCUCCGUCUCCGGCGCAGGCGGUCGUAGCAACAGACCGCCUAGUUCAUCGUCAUUCUUACCUGAGCUUCGUCGCACCAAGUCUUUCUCUGCUUCGAAAAACGAGGGCUUCUCUGGGGUUUUUGAGCCUCAAAGAAAAUCUUGUGACGUUAGGGUUCGUAGCACUCUCUGGAAUCUCUUCCAUCAGGACAACGAGCGGAACCCUUUUAAGAAGGAAGCUUCUAGAACUGGUUCUGGAAGUGGUGAAGCUGAAGCGGAAACUAAGAACUUAGCAUCUUCCAGUGUUCAGGGUCCGGUUAUAGAGUCACAAGAAGAAGAGGAGGACGAAAUCAAGGAGGAGAACGUUGAGGAGAAGGACGAGGAGGAGGACAAGGGGGAAGACGAGGACGAGGACGGGAUUAGGGUUUUGGAGGAACCCAAUUCGGGGAAUGUGAUUGAAAACAGAGUUCAAGAAAUAGUCGAGGAAGAGGAGCUAGAGGAAGAGUUAAAAACCAUGAAGGACCAUAUAGAUCUCGAUUCACAAGCUAAAAAGACUUCCGGAGGGAGACAUCUCAAAGAAAUUGCAGGUAGUUUUUGGUCUGCGGCUUCGGUCUUCAGCAAAAAAUUGCAGAAAUGGAGGCAUAAGCAGAAGAUGAAGAAGCAUAGAGGCGGUGGCGGGUCUGCCACAUUGCCGGUGGAAAAGCCAAUCGGAAAGCAAUUCCGGGAGACCCAGUCAGAGAUCGCCGAUUACGGGUUUGGACGCAGGUCGUGCGACACCGAUCCGAGGUUCUCGCUCGAUAUUGGCCGGAUGUCGCUCGAUGCGGGCCGGAUAUCGUUUGAUGAUCCUCGAUACUCAUUCGACGAGCCUCGUGCUUCCUGGGAUGGCUACUUGAUCGGAAGAACUGUUCCGAGGAUGCCCCCAAUGCUUUCUGUGGUGGAAGAUGCGCCGGUUCACGUUCUAAGGUCCGAUACUCAAAUCCCAGUCGAAGAGCCAAUGAAUGCGAUCAAUGAGGGCGAGACAGUUCCGGGGGGGUCAACGCAGACCCGAGAAUACUACUCCGAUUCAUCCUCUCGCCGGAGGAAGAGCCUUGAUAGGUCCAAUUCCGUUAGAAAAACUGCGGCAGCAGUUGUGGCUGAGAUGGACGAGUUGAAGUCAGCUUCAAACGCUAAGGUCACUCCAGCCACUUCAGAAUACGUACACCCGAAGAUGGUCUUACCCGAUAGAAUUUUAAGGGACUCCAACUCGAAUUCUCUUAGAGAUGACUGCUCAGAUCAGACAUUUGAACUGGGUUUUGGAGACACCGCGUCUGUGAUCGGAGCUGGCGACCAGAAAGGGUCGUCUAAGAAGUCACGCCGGUGGAGCAAGGGGUGGAACAUAUGGGGUUUAAUAAAUCGGCGAGGAGGAAACAAAGACGAGGAAGAAGAUAGGUAUAGUAGAACCAAUGGGACUGAACGUUCAUUCUCAGAAUCUUGGCAUGAUCUGGGCAGUGAAAGAAUUAGAGACACCAGAAAUGGUUUCAAUCCCAAGGUGUUGAGAAGCAACAGUAGUGUGAGCUGGAGAAACGGACAUAGUAUGAACGGAUCAUUUGGUGGCAGUAUGAGGAAGAAUGGUUUUCAUGGAAGCAAGGGAAGAGACAACAGGGACGAGUUUGUAUUGGAAAGGAAUAGGAGUGCGAGGUAUUCGACUAGCGACGCAGACAAUGGACUCUGGCGAUUCUACUUGACACCCAUGAGAGUAGGAGGCGGAUGGAGAAAUGUUGGGUCCUCCGGCAAAACCAAGUCGAACCAGGCACAGUCCAUUGCUAGAAGCGUGCUUCGAUUGUACUAAAACUAAAGGUCCCUUGAGGUCGUUCUUUUGGUUUGAUGUUGUUAAUGUUGCUGCAUUUGUUCUGUAAAACCACACACAUGCCCUCUGUAUUCUUCUUGAUGGUUAUUUGGUUGGUUGGUUGGAUAAA